UAUGUAAUCUAUGUUUUAUUAAGUUUUGUAGGUGUCGGCUACUAGAAGUAAUAGUGUUCUGUGGUCGGCUAGGUCAAAAAUAAUUUUGUCCAAUUUUUCGUUUUGUCUUGCAUUUUUAUGUAUCGAAAUCAUAAAAUGAUACUUGUAUAGCAUAAGGUGGUCGGUUCAAAAUAAAAAUUCCGACGGUCGGAUAUACCUCUAAUACGGUUAAUAGCUGAAACAGGCUUAAAUUAAUGUAAAUAUUUGAAACAAUAAAAGACCAAGAGGUCGGUUUUCAGUGUUAAGUGAUCACUACGCCCACAGUGAUAUUAUUAUGGAAACGAGACGAGCAGUGUGAUUAAAGAGGAAGAAACUGAUGAUGUCAGGAGAUCGAGCAACGCGGCCGAACUCUUUAGUGUUGGAUACGCCGGCACCGGAGCGCGAACCUCUGCGCUUCGAUGUGCAGUUAGUUGGAGCCCCACCGGAGGUUGAGCAGCUGGUUAAUAACAUCAAACAGGUAGCCGAAGAAUUCUUGUAUCACUGGAAAACUUUUCCCAUUGUAUUACCUCCAACACGGUUUGGUCCCGGUAACCGUCCAUGUGACAUCAUUAUUCCACCUCCUUGCGAUGAGGUGGAUGCAGCUGCUCUAGAUGCUGGACCGGAACCGCAACCUCUGUCGCCCAAACAACUACAAUCUAUUAGGGAGAAAGGAGAGUUCGAAGUACCUUCCCGUCACUUUCCUGGUCAAACGCACGUGUGGCGAGUGGCGGGCUGGUUGCAGCGCGGUAAGGUCCGAGCCCAAGAGGAACUCUACCGACACGUGGCGAGGGCGUUGGCGCUGAUCGUGGUAGUCGCCAGGGACCGACUUGUCAAAGAUGAACCGCUUUCUGUACGAGCGGGGAUCAAAUCGCUUCUGGCCGGCUUGCACAGGUUAUUGGAUCUGGCCAUUGGGAUGCCAUCAAUGGAGGCCCGGGAUCUCGAUAAGAAGAUACGCGAGGAAAGAUCACGAUAUCUGGUGGCAGAGUUGAUAUGCAAGCCGGAGCAACAGGAGGACGUGACGGCGUUGGCGGGCUGGGUGUGGCGAGCCUUACGCCGCGCCGCCGCAGAGAAGUGCGCCCCCCGCUGCCCCCCGCCCGUCCCCACGCUCUACACCACGCCCCAACACACGCAGGUUGACCUGCGUCUGUACCGUCGCGAGGUGAUGAGGAGUGCCCUGGGUCCGCUGCAGGCCGUGCUGGAGCGCGAGGCCCGCGGCUGGUUCCUGCACUUCCGGGAACAACAGGCCGCCCAUCUCGCGCGGGAGAAGAUGCCCCUGAAGGAUAUCGAGGAGGCGGUGCGCGAGUGCGGCAUGCGCGAGUACGUGUCGCGCGUGUGCGGCGCCGUGCGGGCCAGCGACGCGCUGCGGGCGCUGGGCCCCGGCCUGCCCGAGCUGCUGGUGGCGCAGCUGCGGGCGCAUCUCGCGCUGCACAGAGCCGAAGAAGGCGUCCGCAAAAAGAUCGAGGCGGGUCUUGCGGCGGCCGAGGCGAGGGUCCGCGCCUCCCACCCGAUCCUGUCCCGGGCCGACUCGUGGAGGAACGAGAAGCUGGCGGCGGCGGCGCGGCGGCUCCGGGACGAGUGCCGCUGGACCGCGCUCGAGGACGCCGCCGCCGCCAUGCAGGCGCACAAGCUGCACCAGCACCGCUACUUCCUGCUGCGGGACCUGGCCUUCCAGCGGGACCGGGAGCCCUUGUUGAUGAAGGAGCUGCGCGCGGCGCGGACGGCGCGGCGCUCGUGGCAGUGGGCGCGGCGCGUGUGGCGGCCGGCGCGCUGGGCCGUGGUGCGACACUGCCGCGGCCGCGCCGAGCGCGUGCGCACCGCCGUGGCCGCCCGCGCGCCCGCCGCCCCGCCCCGCGCCCGCCCGCCCGCCGCGCCGCCAGUGUUCCUGCUGCGGAGGGACGCCGUCUCCACCACCUCCACGCGCUGGCCGGCCUGGAGACUGCUCAACCUCGCCUAUAGAAUAUGGUGCUGGAGCUGGAACCUGGUGUACGUGCUGGGCGUGGUGGUGCCGUGGUGCUCCCCGCUGUCGCUGCGAGCGCUGGUCUGCGUCAAGCCGUACACGCCGGAGCUAGAGGUCUCCCAGGUGAAUGGAGUUUUAUAUCCGAAGAAGAGCAGCGAAACCCACACGAUGUGCUCGCGACUGCUGGCGCUGUGGAGGCACGUGUCCAAACAGCGCACGAAGUUCGAAACCGAACCGGACACCGGCCUACUGGGCAAGGGCUUGAGUCGGUGGGCGCACCGCGUGUGGUGGUACGGCGUGGUGGGGGGCGGCGGGUCGGCGGCGCUGCUGGUGGUGUUCCCGGUGUGCGCGCUGGCGGUGUCGGCGGCGGCGGUGCUGCUGGCGCUGGCGGCCCCGCUGUGGACGCCGCCGCUGGCGCUGGCCGCGCACGUGGCGCACGCCGUGCUCUACGACGCCGACUCGCCCGACCCAGCACUCAACAGGUGGUGUCCGCUGCUGGAGGUGGUGCUGUGGCGAGUAGCGGUGCUGGGCGUGCUGCAGCCCGCCGCCGCGCUGCUCACGGCGCUGCUGCUCUGUCCGCUGGCUGCUGCUGUCCUGCUCGUCGGCGGCGUGGCGUGGUGGGGCGCGCGCGGCGUGUGGGAGAGCGUGGCGUGGCGCGGCGUGGCGGCGCGGCGCGCGCGGGUGCCGGCGCACGACUCCGCCUUCUGCCGGCGCGUGCGCGGGCCCGGCCUGUACGCGCGCGUCUACUACCAGCUCACGUGCACGCAGGCGGCGGCGGCGGUGUGCGCGCGCGCCGAGCUGGAGACGCUGGGUCGCUGGGCGGCCGACACGGAGCGCGCCAUCGAGCGUCCGCUCAGGGACUUCGAACACUUCGUGGACGCCUGCUUCGGGCCCUUCUCCGUACAAAUAGCCAAGCGCGGCGCGUACCGGCAGCUGGAGCGCGAGUGCGGGUCGCUGGCGGGCUCGCUGCGGGACAAGGUGGCGGCGCGGCGCCGGGAGCUGGCGCUGCCGCUGUCGGACGCGGCGCGGGCGCGGGCGCGGCUCUCCCCGCGGGACCUCAGGCGGGCGAUCGAAGCGUCGGCCGCGGAGCUGAGCGCGCUGUGGCGGCGGGAGGCGCGCGAGGAGUCGUGGUGGGCGCAGCGCGGCCUGGCGCCCGACGACUGGCACGGGCUCGCCGCCAACAUGCUCGUCGAGGUGUUCGACGCGGAGACGGUGGUGGCGCUGCAGGACGGCGAAGCGCGGCUGCCGCUGGAGGGCAGCGAGGGGGCGCCCCCGCCCGACGUGCUGCCGCACCACGACCACGACCAGCCCGCCGACUGCCCAUACGUGUGGUGCUCGUGGGGCUCGGGGCCGGCGCUGCGCGUGUCCGCGCCCGCACUGGAGCCCGCCGCCUUCAGCCCCCGCGCCGCGCUGCACCCCCCGCUGCCCCACCCCGCCACCGUCGCGCUAGUGCUGCACAAUAGGGACUCGGACAACCCCGUCCCGCUGGACUCGGAGCUGUGCGCCGAGAUACUGAAGAGCCUGGAGGACGCGCCCGACUGCGACGAGAAGCGAGACGAAGUGGAGAGGUAUCGAGGUGGAGGCAGCUCGGAGGGAUCCAGCUCGGAGGCCAGCGCCGAGGAGGAAGAACGACCAAGGGAGGAAGACGACGGACUUUGCAGAGUGUCCGGUCGCAGCACGUGUCGGUGGACGCUGAGCGGGCGCGGCGUGAGGCUGCGCGCCGACCUCGCCAGCCCCGAGGACGUGUCCCUCGACGAGCGGCCCCCGCCCGGCACCCCCGUCUGACCUCUCGCCUGACCCCCCACGUGACCCCCCACCCUCCUCACUAGUGCCUGAUGUCACGUCGAUACUGACAUCCGAAAAUACAACGACUCUACGCUUGCUGGACACCGACCGACCUCCCCUCCCCCUCACUAGUGCCUGAUGUCAUGUAGACAGUGACAUUCGAAUAUACAACGAUGCUAAUUAAUACGUAAACGCACCAAUUAUCCGUACGUAAAGUGAUAAAAUAAUCGAUUAUUGGCAAUUAUUAACGUAUAAUCAAUUUUUAGGUUAAAUAGCUAUGAUUAAAUAUAAGUAUCAGACCGGACUGCUGGUUGAUACUGGUGGCGGAAAUCGGACUCUGACAACAGUAAUGCCCGUAUCGAUAACAAAACAGUUAUAUUUAUCGACAUCAAAACUAACAUUGGCGUUGCAUAAAAUUGUCUCUAUGUAAAUGUAUAGAGAACUGGAAUUAAAUAGAGUUAUACUUUAGAAAUAAUCUGGCAAAUGUAGUAUCGGUAACUUGUAAUAUAGAGAAUUAAAAAUUGUCGCAACGCUUCAAAAAAUACCAAAUUGGUAUGAAAUGCAGUUCGAGCUUAAUUUUUUUUAAUAUCUUUCUCUCAAGAAUCCCUUUAUAUAAAUUAAAAUAAUAAGUUAAAAAAAGCGUACCUAUUAAUAAGUAAUAUUUCCAUUUUUGAAAUCAUAUCAGAAUAUUUUGUUCGUAACAGUUGACAGUACUGAAUGAAAGAACGAAUUCAAAGAGAACUCUUUAGGUUUAGAGACUUCAAGGUCUUAGUUACCAGGUCAUAAAAAAACAUCUGCCAACUUAAGCUGAUGAUAAAGGUAAUAUCGCUUCAGUAAUAUUAUGCUUUACGAAUACCAAAGAUCUGUAGGAAUGCCUCAAUACUCAGAGUAUCAUUUGUAAAAUAAAACAUAGUGCCUAGCUAGUGAGAGUAGUGAAGUGUAAAUAAUAUAUAACUAGAUCCUAGAUCAAACGCAUAGGUUUAUCUUCAAAAGCUUAUAGGAUGGAAAGCUCUCUAUGAAAAUACAUUGGCUGUGGUGAGAGUUACCGCUGUGAUGAGUUUGUAUGAGUUUGGCUAACUCUCGGCUUGUACGCCGUAAUGACGAAGUACAAUCAGUUGCAUAAGUGCAUGGACACAUGCUUUGGAAUUAUCCAUCCACUUUUGCCGGGCAUAGUACAUGAAAUACGAUGACCGUCGAAUGUCCAUAUUCUUUGAGUGGAAAUUUUUAUUUUAAUUUAUCAAUAAUUGAUUUUAUCUUGUUUAAAAACCACGAGGGCCACUGACCUGUAAGUGAGAUCAGUUUUAGAAUUCAAAGCUACUAUGCUUCAGUUUCUGUGCUCCGAACGCUCACGGCUGGCAGCUUGUAAAAAAACUCAUUGCAUUUGCACGAGCUGAUAAAAAAAAGAAUGUGUCAAAAUUAACAACCCGCUUUGAACACAUCGUAUGUACAUCUCUUUCUGUGUCUAGAGUUUGGAUGAGGUGCGAGAGAGAUGAGAUAUCAUUAUCGAUGUUGUAUGAAAUUAAUAAAAUAAUACUGUUCAUGUUUUUAUACACGAAAUAAUACUGAAGCAGUUAAAUGAGAUUUAGCGUUACCGUUUUAAUUGCUUUUUUAUCUUAUUUUAAGUAAAUGUGAUUGUUUACAAUUACAUUUAAAAUGCAAUUUAAAUUAAUUUUUAAACUUUUACAUUUUUAAAUUAAUUUAUUUAAAAAAAAUUAUAUUGCAUACGUUCAGUUUUGACAAAGGCAGCUGGAUAACUAGUUUAAAAAAAAAAUCCGUCUACCAAAAAUAUCUAAGUAAUUUCUAAAACCUGAUUUUUAUUGCAUCUACUGUGUGAAUAUAAAAAAAAAAUACAACAAAACUCAAUCGCAUAAUAUAUUACGUUGUAAAGGAUUGAAAAUGAAAUGAAAUGCAUUUAAUUAAUUCGAAUGAGAUUUAAAAAUGGCUUUAUACUUUUAUUUAUAUCACAUAUUAAUAUACCAUGACUAAUUUAUCAAUUAAGUACUGUUUAAUUUUAAUCUAAGAUCAUUAAAGCGCCAAUUAUAAGAUUGAUUACCUCUGAUAGCCUAAAAAUUGGGAUUUGUGAAGGCUCUCCCGCAUGUACAACACGACCAAGCCAAGUUUGCACCUCGCUGGAAUGUGGCGCUCCGCCCGCUCCCCCGCUCACCUUCCCGCGAUCGCCCUGUCGCGUCAGUACGGUUAGCAUUUUUGUCGCCGACACGCGUCAUACGAGUUUUCGUCUUCCUGUUAAAAACAAUAAAUGCAAAGUAAAAUCUAACAAACAUUUGUUUACAUUUUUAAAGACAUACCGGAUCCUUUUUUCAGACCGUACCUAAGCGGCAGUGUGACGUAAUCGAUGCGAGGUGCAAACUUAGCUUGGUCGAGCUGUAUAGAUUAACUUAAAAUAAUAAUAACGAUAGUUCUAAGAUGUAAUUAGAAGCUUCAACGUACAUUGACAGAAUUUCAACAACAUCAAAGUGUAAGUUAAUUAAUAUAAUUCUCUGAUAAUGUCAUCAUAAUAUCUCUCUAUAUAAACAUGACUUUUUUUCUUUACUUAUUCGUGCAUUUUACAAUAUGUAGUUUUAUAUUUUCAGUAAUGACGUGUUUUAUUCAAGCAUUUUUCAUUUAGAAAAUGUAACAAUAGAACAUUGUUUUUUUUUUAUAAAAAGAAGUUUCAAUAAAACUAUAGGAGCUGAUAGUUAUAAAUCGAGAAUACAAAAACGAAUUUAGAUUAUGAAAAAGAUUGGCCAUUAUUAUGUAGAGCUAUUUAUUGCCUGCGUCAAGAAUUUAAAUAAAGAAAAUAUGACAUAUAGCGUGAAGAAGUGUGAACUUGUGUGACUUCGCUGCCACAAAACACCAGUUCAGUUUAUCAUCAGUUUGACGUUUUUCAUAGGUCAAAUUUGAGGCCGUCAGCGCAAAAGUAUUCUAACCCACAAUUUUUCAUAAUCGUGCUUAUGUAUUGAAAUUUAUUUAUAAUAUAGGUAAUAUCCCUAGUAUCACUCAUAGAUAAUAGAUAGCUUUGUAAACAUUAUUUUUGCCUACGAAGAGAGAGAGAGAGAGAGAGAGUAUCCUUUAUUGUACACCAAAAAACAAAUAAACAGUGCAUGAUGAUACAUUAAAUACAAAAAAGUACAAUUGGUGGUCUUAUCGCUAAAGCAUUGUAUUAAGCAUUGUAAAACUAAUUUCAGACCUUAUCUCCACAUUAUUAUUAUUAAAUUCCUUAUUUCAGAUAAUGAUCCAUAUAAAUGUUAGUAACAGUUAUUUCUUAAAAAUAAGUUAGUAAGGACACAGUAAUAUACCAUAUAUAAUUAUGGUAGGCUUAGGCCACCUUUGCCCUGUCAGCCUCAUUUGAUCUGUCGUAUGUCAAAUGUACACCAUAAAACUAUGGAGGGUAGAAGUAGGGAGCAUCGUCUCAGUAUAUUAAAAAGAGAAAAAGGGAGCCAAUUAUGGUGGCGCCAUAGUAGCAAGUGGAAAGAUUUAAAAAACAGCGUCAUAAACUAACACACUUCACUCUGUUUAAAACUGCUAUAUUCAUACCAUUUCCACUUCCUACACUAGCGCUAUAUCGGUGAGUCUUCGAAUUAUAGCUUGCUGUUUAGAGGUGGACACUUUUUAAAUUUGUUCCCUAUACAAAAUACUGGCUCCUUAUCUCUACACUUCAUGCAUAAAACUGAGAAAAUUGUAGGUAAUUUAAUAAAUAAACAAAUAAUAUUGUGGUAACUCUUGAAAAGAGGUGUGUUUUGAGUGUGCUAAUGUAAGAAUUAGGGCCUAUCUAAUUUUUUUUUUCUUAUGGGCGCUCUUGAUGUUUUAUAAGUUUAUAUUAAAUAUCGUUGUCUCUCGUCUUCUUAAUAAUAAUUCAUAUCAAAGAACUGCUUUAUUUUUGGUAAACAUACCACCGAUGUUACCAACGCUAAUUUAAUAUAUAAAAAAGAACAAAACUGAAGAUAUCUUUAUUAAUUAAAACCGUUUUGACAUGAAAGAUUAAUUUAACUAACGAAAUACUCAUAAGUUAUUUGUUUUGCGGAUGCGUUUUUAAGAGGGAAUAAUGCGUGUGACACGUUUAUUUCGUUUUGUAUGUAUUGUUUUGUAUCGAUUCGAAUCUAAGUUAAAAAUAUAAAUUUAGAAUAGAAACAGCGUUGCCAGGUGUGAUAGUGUCGACCACCAUUGAGUGGCAUUGGAUAUAAAGAUUAAUUCUCCCUCGCGAUCAAAACAGUCUUAGCUGACCUGUUAGACGGUCAAUUAAACAUUUAACUAUAUGAAACAGUCUUAGCUGACCUGUUAGACGGUCAAUUAAACAUUUAACUAUAUGAAACAGUCUUAGCUGACCUGUUAGACGGUCAAUUAAACAUUUAACUAUAUGAAACAGUCUUAGCUGACCUGUUAGACGGUCAAUUAAACAUUUAACUAUAUGCUUCGUAUAACAUUCUUGUUUCCCUUGAUAGUUGUCUAAAAGUUUUUUGGUGCAAUUAAAUUCUGUUUAUUGGGAAAUUGUCACAAAUUCCGUUCUCAAAUAUACAUGUAUUUUUUUAAAAAUUAAAGAUCGCUUUCGUCUAUUCAUAAUCAUUCAAUUUGCAGACAAGCUCGAAGCUACACUUCUCCGUGCGACUACGCGUCCAGGAGAUUCAUUCGCGAAGCAGCUAGAGUUGUUAGGUCUCCUUUCAACGCACUCGGGUAGAUGUUAGCAAAUCCCGCUCCUCCAGGCUGAGCCCUUGUUCGCCCUCCUAUCCUGAUGGCCUCAGGGCUACCAGUAAUACCCCAAUCAUAAAAAAAGGUAUAACGGUUCUUGCCAAUCUGACGGUUUCUAUCGGUCAACUGUGACUGCAAACCACGCUAUGAAACUUAUUUUACAACAAAUAGGAAACUCGUUUAUAAUCAGAUUAUUUUUUAUGGACGGAUUGAUGGUAACCUUGAGGACUUCGGGUUUAGCAGCUAUCGUCUGGCAGCGCUGUUAUGAAGAACUUCAUUCGUCCUGCUCAUACUCUCUAUUUUCAUGUUUUAAAGAGAAAGUGAGAAAUUACAAUCGAUAUAUUUUUCAAGUUAAGCUAAUUGAGAUUUUAUUUGUAAGUCGAGAAUGGAAUAAAGUAAUUUGAUUUAUGAAAAAUAUAUUGUGAGCUUUAAAA